AUGGACAUGUACCUCAAAGACAGCCAAGUGAAGAUCGAUGUCUACGAGCACCCAUCCAACGAUCUUGCACUUUCCCAAUCUUUCACUCCAAGUGAUACUGCAAGCCAAUACUUUGCUCAGGAGAAUGAUCGCGCUCAAGAGGUCUUACAGACUGUACCAGCUUCGGAGACAGACAACACGGACGCCUCGAUGCCAGGAAAGAGGGAGAGGUGUCCACCGAGCAACAGCUUGUUGAUGAGAGACGCAACUGCUUUUGAUAAGCGUGUCUCUAGGUGCUACCAGUUCUGUGGGACGAUUGCCAACUGUCGUGGAAACAAUGGAUGUCCUCACUGCUACGCCGUUCGACAAGGUUGUUUGUGGCAGAAAUGGUGUCGCUAG